AUGGCGGCGGCUGUGGUUCUCAUUUUUCUGUUGUCAAUGGUAGUCGUAUAUGGAACAGAAACAAUGACAGUCAAACUAGUGAACUCGACAAAAAUCGGAGAAUCAUUGGGAUCUUCAGGUUGUCCAUGCAACCUGAGCAUCACUUUCUCACUCACAGACAGCCGUUCUUGUCAAUGUCAGCCACUACCAGGUGGGUGUACACAAUGCAACGUUGUUGUCACCACACCAACAGACGUAAAAAUAGACACUGGCAACGGAGGAGGUUGUGAUAUGAACAACUCCUUUCCUGGAAAGACUAAACUUCAUUUGAGAGUAACUGUGAGGGAAUUAGGAAACGCAGUGCUUAUACUUAGACCGAACGUAAUAGGAACGUUUUGUCAACCCAUCAGCUUGGACAAGAGGCAGAGUUUGUACAAUGCAAGUGAUGGAAGGCACUCCAGCUUAUUGAUGGAGGUGACAUCAACUUUGACAACAACGACACCAAAGACUGUAACCACCUCCAAGAACUUCCAUCCGGGGAUAUCUACAACAGUUGCCAGCUAUGGAGCCAAAAAAGAAACGAAUGGUGAUGAUGCAUCCCUAAGUACUGGAGCUAUAGCAGGAAUCGUCUUUGCUUUGCUGGUGAUUUUGGCCAUUGUUAUCCUUUUAAUUGAUUACUGUCACAAGCGUUGGAUAUUUAAUUUUAUCUGCAAGCAAAAGUUAUGAGUGUUCUUUGGUAAGGUACUAGGUAGGAAGUUUAAUGACAGAUAAUUACAAAUGUGUGCAAACAUCGACAAUGUUUUUCUUAAAACUUUUUUAGUUGUACUGUACAACUAAAUACCAUCUAAUACAAUUUAAACCUGUACGUAAAUGGCCAACAUCCCAAAGUUAAUCGUAGAUUUAAAAACAUAAUUCAGCGUUAAAACUUCUCUCGGUGGCGUUUUGGUUUCAUUUGAUAGUCAUUAAGAGAUUGUGAAUGUCAAAUAUUAUCAUACAUGUAUAUUAUAUCUCUACACGUUCGAAUCAUUCAAAUAUAUUGAUGGAUGUUGCCCAUUUUAGUUUAUUACCCUAACAAGAGUUCGAUACAGAAUCGUAUUACCAUGCUUUAGUGAUGAGUAUUAUUAAACAUCUAAAACUGUAUCAAUUAUAACUCAAAAUUAGUCAUAGUUGUAAUCAUAUAAUUAUAUUCCUUUCAUGUCAGAAAUCAAUAAUGUUAAUGAGUUAUGUUAAUACUAAGAAAAUGAAAACAUAGGCGAUUUUGUUUAAAACAUAAAUUUACAUGUUUGAAUCAUAUGAGAAACAAAAAAGUUUCGAUACUUUGUAGCUAGGUAUGUUCUAUAACUUAAAUUUCAAUUUGGUGCAUCGAAUUUGUGAAUUCAGAAUACAGAUUAGAGACAGGAAACCAAUGGCACAACUGGAUGAUAUCAAAUGGAAUUAAUUUGACCUCUGUGACUUCUAAUAACGUUAAAUCCAAAACCUAAAGUUUCAUCCAUCCAUCCGUUUUGCAACCAAGGGGAAGUCAUUCUGUAAUGUAAUGGAACCGUCCUGAGCGAGAUAAUCGAGUUGGCUUGUCAUUUGCUUGAGUUUGGUCUAGUUUCAUAUACGUGUAUUUUCUGUAAUACAUAUUUGUUAAUUUAAAACAAACUGUUACCAUCUCUGGAGUUACAAAUAAAUAGCACAACUCGCUCUCAUUGAUCAAUUGCAAAGACAUCAAUUUCUCGACUCAUUUGUUGCAUAAUUGAUCUGUCUAUAUUGGCGCACAAUAGAUCAUUGCUUGUCUCUUUUAUUUAGUUAAAACAUGAUCAAAGUAGCAUUCAAUUGAAGAAGCGGCUGACAGGAGUUUUCUAUCUUUUGUUUAAUUCAAUUAGGCAAGCCUGUCUACACUACAGCCUCCAUUGGUUUGGAUAAGUAAACGUAUAUAGGAAUUUUUUUCCGUAGGCGUUGAUGCAAUUAUUUUUUUCAACAGCGUUCAUUAUCCUUGAUUAAACUUUGAGCAUCGUCUUAAACUUACGAAUAAUUAGAUCAUAAACCUAGAGCAGUUUAAAAAAAUUCCGAAUAUAGCUAAAGUUGUGAAGUAAAUACCAAUGCAAACAUUAAAAAUAAGUUGCCUUUUUGAUCACUUUUCAAAAUGAAGGCUGGGUUAAUUAUUACGUAAUUUCUAUUUAACAAUUUAAGAUUACUUUCAUUCGAUUUUAUAACAUUAUCAAGACGCGUCCUCUACCACUAUGAGUAGGGGUUUAGAAUAGGCCUACUCUGUUAGCUGCUUGUUUAUCUUUUGUGUUUUGCUUUAUUUAUAUAUUGGUGGGGUUUUGUUUUGUAUUGCGAUACAUUUUAUGUGGAGAAUAUACAUUACCUGAUUCAUAUUAUACUGAUGACGUUAUUUCGAUCAACCAUUUUUUACAUAUUGUCUCACUUAUGAUAAACAGGUCUGUCCCCAGCAUAUUAUCCAUCAUCUCACUGUAUGAACUAAAGUACCUAUGCAUCUUACCCUGUUGUUAAUCAAAACCUGUGCGAUUACAUAAUACAAAUAACAAAGAUAUAAAUUAAUCAUAUUUAAUUGAACCAUUGUUUUCAGAAUACAGCUUCGUAUAGUCAAGCACGUUUAAUAAUGAGUAGCAAUAUCUACUGCAGCUUCAUAUUUAAACACUGCAUUGCACCGCAAAAACUCCAGAUUGUGGUAUUCUCAGGGUAGUUAACCCGUCUAAAAAAGGCGGACAUUAUUUAAGGAAUCUCACAAUUACUUUUAUAUAUAUAACAUAUAGUAGGAUAUUGCAACAUAAACUGCGCGGCCUAAACAUUUUGCCAUUUGGCUAGUCCAGAAAAUUAGAUUGAGAAAAAAAAAUCUAAUUAAAAAAAUAAAAUAUGUUCCCAUCCUUAAUUGAGAUGAUGGAUCUGCUGGUCUAUUUAUAUAUGUUAAUUGUAUUUUUCAUUUUAAAAUAUAAUUAACAUUUAAGUUAAUUAAUUAAUAAGCCUUAGAAACAUUGAUUCUACUUUAUGAAUUUGCUUCUUAAAUUCAUAAUUGUAAUAUAAAUAUAUGUAAAUUUGUUUCCACCUGUAUAUCCUUUUUAUGAAGAGGGCUUACGAAGGCUGUGCCUGUUGCCCAAUCCAUUUGACAAUUCGCCAUAUUUGUCAUUAAACGAUGUUGCAAUGAAAAUAUGUAAAAUAUGUAUAGAAAUUUAUAUAUGAUAUGUUGAUUGGUUGAAAUAAUUUUAUUAUCUGUUUAUUAACAUGAGGGUAUCUAAAAUAGAACGGUACCCAAAACGGAACACUUUUCACGUUUGCAUGAUAGAGCUUUUUAUUUUGCAAUAGAAAUUAAUGUUAUGUAAUGGUUAUCAAAACGUAUAUAGAUUCAAGCAACUGUAGACAAAAUUACCAGGUUCCCUCACAUUAAUCCUAAUUAACUCAACUAAAAACGUUAAAAAACUAAUUUUCCUGGAAAUGAUACAGAGCGGCGACAUUUAUAUCCUGCAAUAUUUGUUAAAAGAAUAUUUCAAAGCAAAAACUAAAGACUAACAUUUGGUAGAAAGUUUCAAACUGUCUUGAAAUGAGUAAAAAGUUUACAGAUUUGCGUUAUUUUCAAAAACUGAUGAGGUGUUCCAUAUUAAGUACCCGGUCUGCUAAAUGCACCUGACUCAACUAAAUGAGCUUUAUAAAUAAAGUCACACGCUGAUGAUACCCUAAUAAUACACCACAUGAAGGUUAUAGGCACCUGUAUUUGCAUUACAGCAAAACAAAGUUUCCAGAAACUAAGCAAGAAGUAUUAAUAUUUCGAUUUAAAAAGUGUUCCAUUUUAGGUACUCUAAUGCUACUUUUGAAAUAUAACAGUGUAUUCAUGUCUACAUAAAUAUAUCCUAUAUAUCCUUUAUAUUCAUGUCAUGUUAACUAAAAGUAUUAAAGCUAGAUGUUUUCUUGUUGUUAAUUAUAUACAAACUAAUUACAGAAUGUCGUUAGGAUAGUAAAGGCAUAUUCUGCUAUUGACUUACCGAAGUGUAUCAGCAAAAUGACAAACAAAAUCUUAUUGUUAAUAUAAUUGAACAACAUCUGACCAUGCAACAUAUAUUGCAGGUUCAUAUAAUGUAAUGAUGAAAGCAUGGUCACUAUUUAACAACCAUAUUACAAACAAAUAUUUCCACAUAACUUUCUUUAAGGAAAGGGAUAUAAUCCCAAAACUAAUUUAAUACAGUUGAUGCCUUUGACAGUAUCGUGUUUUAUCGACGUAUUUUUUUGUAUAAAUAGUAAUAUUUGCUGUUGAAAUAUAUAUAAACUGCUUUACUGGUUGUUGUGUACAUGAGGAUAAAACACUAUUGAAAAACUUCAUUAUGUGGUCUAUCUAAUAUAGCGUCCCUUUGUACGCUACCACACGUAGUCACAUCAAUGAAAUGUAAGCUAUGGAGAUCACAAAUUAUUUAUUUGAAUAGUGAACGUGCAUGUAUUUAUUUACUUAGAAGCUGGUGUGAUGUCUUUCUUUCACCAAACAAGAGCCAUUAUACACAACAACAAAAUCUUUGAAGAACGGUUCUAUCCAUUGUGCUGUAGGGUCAAUACUUCAAGAGUAGUUUAAAACAUGUUUGAACAUACGGAAACUUGUGACGUCAAUACCAAUAGAAACAUAUAACCUGUUUUCCUGAUCAGAUUCUUAACUUAUACCUGAGUUGUGUGUAUAUGUGCAGUGAAUUCUAGACAACUCAAAUCAUAGGUAUCGUGUGGGUUUUACGUUCUUAGCAUAGCUCGUUCUCUAACAUACAUGUACGGAAUUGGGGAGGAAAAUUUAUAUAAUCUGUGACUUUUUUCUUGCAGCUGAAUAUAUUUCAUGAAUUGCAAUGCUACCUGCUUGUCAAUCCUUUCUAUUUAUUGCAUUUUUAUGCUUUAAAUAUCGGAUUCUACCAAUUUGAUCACAACAAAAUUAAAAUUUAAAAUAUCACUUUAUGGUUUAAACCAAUCAGAACGACAUUUUCUAUUUACGCCAUGAAGAGUAUCAGUUUUUUGGAAGCAAAGCUUACCGAGUAAUUACAAAAGAAUCAAAUGUUUUGCUGAGUAGCCGAUUCAAAACGACGCCUUCAAAUGUGAAGUCAUUGGAAUAUGGUGCGAAAGAUUAACUAUUGUAUCCCCACUACUUUGAAGCAGUAACAUUUUCGUUCUGGUCGGUAAUUUAAAAUGUAAUAAAUAGAAGAUUUUCUGGCUUUCCCAUUGGCUACCAUAUACAGAUUUUGUUCUGUCGUGUUUCACACUCGUUAAAUAUACUGGUGUUCUGACACACUCGUGAAAUACAUUUGGUAAUAAACAGGAAACCAUAAAAUAUCAUUUAUAUGUUGUGUUUUAAUAAAAACUAU